AUGUUUAUAACCGACUUUAUUAAGCGCAAGUUAGAAUCAGUGUUGCAACCAUGGCUGCUGCAAGAACCGGAGUUGGAACUCAAGUUAGGGUUUCUUCGUUCUCAUGGAAUCGCCAAGAGCCUCCGCUUCAAUACUUCAGCACUGAACGCGCUUCUAGACGAUUCUACUGGCUUUUACUUCACCGACUUCAGAAUUGAUCAAUUGACCCUCCGGAUUACCAACUGGUCUGCUCCUGCAUUCAAUUGGGAAGUUCAAGGUUUCCAUAUCACUAUAUCGCCGAGGAUAGUGGAGGGGAGGGGAAGCAGCCGGGAACCAUCGGAGGUGUUGUUGGAGGACAAGAAGAAGGUUUUACGUGAAAUUGACCCUGAGGGUAGUGAAUUGUUUGAUAUCAUGGAAAAGCUUGCGAAUAUUUCCCCAUCAAGGAGCCAGAAAACUUCCCUCCCAAAGCUUAUCCUGAAUUAUUGUUCCUUACAGAUGACUGAUAUCAAUCUACAACUGCAACAUGCCAUCUCAGAUGACUCCAUUGCAUGCUUGUUGGAGAUAGAGGAGCUUAAUGCAGGCUCUCGACUUGUCAAACCUCAAUCUUUCCUCAGAGGGUACGUCAAUUCACUUAUUGUAAAUCCUAAAGAGAGCUAUUUUGAUCUUGAAAUCAGAGGUUUAAAGAUAAGAUUGAAGAGCCAUGAUCAUCUUAGCCCAGUGUUUUCUGCAACCGAUAUUAUCUGUUCCUCAAAGUUGAGUGAUCUUCAGUUGAGUGAACUCAAUUGUUCAAUUGAGGAAUUACUGUUUUCAUUUUCUCCAGCAGAUGUCUCUGUUUUAUCAAUUAUUGUGAGGGAAUCAUCAAGAAAAUCCCCAUCAAUAAGAAACGGAAGACAACUCUGGAAAGAAACUGCAACCAGAAUUCGGUCAUUGAUCUCAACACGUAAAUGGUCAAUGCAGAAAUUAGUUGGUGUAGUUAUCCUAUGGUUGCGUUAUGUACAUGCCUGGGAGAAUUUGUUUUUACUGAUCGGAUAUUAUCCUAUGGACAUAAUGAUAAAAAGAUCAGCUGUAAAGAUGUCCAAAAACCAGAUGUUUUCAAAAACUUUUAGGCAUCAAUGGGAAGUAAUUUCUGAAAUUGAGAAAGGAAUACCUCCUCCAGCUAUUGCACUUGCACGUCGAGUCAUCCGAUGCAGAAAAGUCAACAAUGGUGUUUCAAGCAAAGAGGAGGUCCAAGUCAAUAGGUACUUGGAGUAUUUUCAAAAGCUAUUCCAAUUACUUUGUCUUAUAUGGACUACUUUGUGUAGCAUGUUUAACACAAAAAGAGUUGGAGUUCUUCCAAUAGAUUCCUUCCCAAAUCUUUGUUACAGACUAAACUUGGGAAAAAUUUCCAUCACCAUUUCCCCUGAUAACAACACUAAACAUUCUGUUGGGAAAAAAGCUGUUACAGACAGGAGGGUUUCACUUUCACACAUGGAUCUACUUUCUUUCUGUUUAAUACUUGAUUCAUUUAUCCUUCUUUACAACGAAAAUAUCUGUGAGAGUCAUUUGACUUUCUCCUGUGGGGGUGUCAAGGUUAUAAAUGACUAUGAAUAUUCUUCUAAAGGACGAAAGAAGCCUAAAGUUCUAGACUCAGAAACUGUCUUAUGGAGUAAGCCUGCUCUUGUUUUUAACCAAGAUCGAAUUUCUACCUCCCUCCCACUUCUGGAAACCAUUUUAAAUCAAACAUGGUUGGAUUGGAAGACAUCUUGUGCAGAAUUUGGUGAAAUUACGGAUGAGACCUUGAAAGAUCCCUUCAUUCUCUUUGAGAUGAAGCAUUUUUUGACAGAUCAGGGGGAGAGUAGCUUGAGUCAUCGAUUUACAAAAUGUUGUUUAGCAGUGGGACAAUUAGAUUUCUUUUUGGGAUAUUCAUCAGCAUUAUCAUUAACUCUACUUCUUAGGCAGAUACAGAAUGCUUUCAGUUGGGAGAAAGUACAAACUUCUACUCCAACAUUUGAGGCUCCAUUAGUGAGAGUCUGGGAUAUUGAUUCAUGUAUUGCUGAAAUGGAAAAGGAACUUCAUAAAGUAAUACCAGAAAAGCUUAUUGAAGUUGGAGUAUAUGUAGUUGGUCCUCGAAUCCGAGUAUCACUGAGAAAGGAUAGUUUGCAUAAAGCAGUUGAUGAUAUUCACCUUUCUUUUGAUUGUAAAAACAUUGAACUCUUGGUGUCACCCAGUCUAUUAAAUGAUUCAGCAACAGAGUGCAUGCAUAUGAUGGAGCUUCAAGUAGUUAACAUGGCUAAUUCCAAUAAUGGAAGCUACCAGUGUCAAGGGCAAAUAAGGCUUGAUGCAUCUUUAAAAAUUCAUGGUAUAAAUGCUUACCUUGAUGACUCAUCUGAAGUCCAACACUCCAAGAUUAUAACAGUAAAGCCAAUAACAGUUCAACUUUCAACACUAAGGAAGGAUAAUUGGUCUCUUGGAAAAAGUGUAAGCGCUUUCUCUGCAGUCCUACAUGGGAAUGCUUCAGGGAUCUCAGGUCUAAUAUUUGUUGAUGAAAUGUCUGUUUUAGUCGAGGUGGUUAAUAGUUUGAUCUUUGCUCUAUCAAACACAUUGAUCACAAGCAACACAUCUACUUCUAGAAAUUCUAAUUAUUUUGAUACUCAAGAGAUGUUACAUGUUAGUUCUGGAAAUGAGAUGCUGAUGAGUUCAAUUACUGGAAUGCCCUUGGUCAUUCUGACCACUCUCUAUAUUCUUAAAUGCACAUCUGAAAUCCAGUCAGUGGAUAUAAUCAUUCACAAGUCAAGGAAAGUCAAUGCCAUAGAGAAUCAAGUCACAAUCUCUGAAUCCUUUAUGAGCCAGAAUCUGUCUGCAAACUUCUUGCCUGAUAAUGGAAUUCAGAUUACUCUUCAGAAAAUGCAUAUGAAGUUCUCAUACAAAAAGAACCAAGGGAAAAUACAAGGGCUUGUUGAUUUCCUUGGUUUACGAGCUGUUAUUUUCAGAUAUGCAAAUGAUGAUGUCAUGAAUAGGUCUGAUCUCCAUAAUCUGUUAGAAAAUAUAUGUGAAUCCUCAGUUUCCAAUUGCAAAUUGGAUUUGUCUUUGACAAAUCUUCCCAAUGAAUCAUCAUUAUCCCACAGAGCAAUUGGUAGUUCUACUUCUAUUUCAAAUACUUGUUUCAAAGCAAAAAUUUCCUCCACUGAACUCUAUGUGGUAGGAUGCCCUUUAAAGGAUGUAAUAAUUGGAAAACAUGAGUCAAGUAAGCUUGAGAUAUCACUUUCUAUUGAGGGUGGCUUUCAGAAAAGCAUCUCUUGCCAUUGUCAGGGUGGCAUUAUCUUCCUUGAAACCACAUCAGCUGUGAUGUUCUCUCAAUGUGGAGAUUCAUACACACGUCGCAUCAAACAUCUAUUUCCAGUUUCCCAUAGUUCAAAUAUCACUACACUUGAAGCCUCUUCAAUCCAAGAGACACAAACUGCAGGCAUACCUGAAGAUCUUACCAUGCAUCUCUCUCAGUUUUAUCUUGCCUUAAUUGGUAGAGAUGAAUCUGGAAGACUUGAAGAGCUUCUGUUUAGUGCUGACAUGGAUUUGGACCUUAAAGUUGUGAAUAUGAAGAAAAAAUUAUCAUUUCGUCUUCCCCAAUUGUCAAUUCUUUCUCGAGUUCUUCAAGACUCUAUCAAACAUCAAAAUAGCAGAGUUCAGAUUCCUCUUAGGUCUUCUAGCACAGAUCCAUCUUUCCUUCAAGCAGCAUUAGUUCCAACAAAUGAUAUUCAUUCUGUAGCAAAUGAUGCAAGCAGCUCCACUUCUGAUUCACAUAUAGAACUAUCCAAUGAAGAUUCUCAUCAAGAUUCUGAAAACUACAUUUUGAGACAAUUAACUUGUUUCAUAGCAGCUGAAGAGCCUGUAGCAAGGGACUCUGCUGAUACAUCAAAAUCAACUCAACCUUGGGUUGGCAGUGGUUCUAUUUCAGGUUUUGAUGUGACAAUAUCAUUGUCCGAGAUUCAGAUGUUGCUAUCAAUUGCUGAAAUUUCUGGGGUCUCCACAAAAGAAACAACUGCCACUGUGCAGCAAAGGCAAUUGCAUAAUGAAGAGGAACCCAUGAGAAACCUGGAGGAGAUGAUCCAAGAUGAAGGUGAAGAUAGAAAUUAUCGUUUGUCUGGUUCAAUGCAUUAUUCACUUGCACCACAGAUGGCUCUUUUCAAGGUGAAGUAUCAUUACCAAAAAAUAUGGAAGUCUUCAUACCAAUGGUUUUCAUUGACUUCAUUGUAUGCCAAAGAUGAAUCAGGGGAACACCUGCAAUUAAACUGUAAUCCCAGAUCAAAUUUUGUUGAGCUUUCCAGCUCAAGUAACAGUGGAACAUCACUUUGGAGAUCAAUGCCUUGCAAAUCUGCAAGUUUUGAAGAUGAGAAUACAAUCGAAAGGGUCCCACUUCUCCAGAUGUCUAUGGUUGUUCCUGAAUUUAUAAUACAGAAAUCACAUGCUAAAGCCAGAGUGAUAACCAAACUUGUAACUGAGCUAUACUCGUUUGAUGCAAAGAGGAACUUAUGGAACACAUUUCUGCAUCCAGUUGAAAUAAACAUUUUCUGGAGAUCUAGGGUUCAAACCCAUGGUGUUUAUGGAGUGCCUGUUCAUUUGUAUGCUAGAGUUAAAGAGUUUCGUGUAUCAAUAAUCGAGCUUUCACUGGACAUACUUCUGUUUGUGAUUGGAAAACUGGAUUUGGCUGGUCCUUAUGCAAUUCAAAGCUCUGUGAUUCUGGGAAAUUCCUGCAAGGUUGAGAACCAAUCAGACCUAGUCCUCCUUUGUCAGUUUUCAGAUAAACAGUAUGCUAGAAUAGCCAGAAAACAGUCCACAACUGUUUUCUUAAGAAACUUGGCUUUAGACCAGCAUCCAGAAUCAGAAGCAUCAAGUGUCUCAAUCCAACUUGCAGAGAGAGGAGACUUUUUGACAUUUCCAAUUAAGUUUUCACUCUUAAAAUCUGGAACAUUUGCUUGGAGAACUCGCAUAGUUUCUAAAAAUGAUUCAAAAGCAUAUCCUGGGCCAUUCAUUAUUGUAGACAUUUCAUGGAAAUCUGAGGAUGGUUUGUCUAUUGUUGUCUCUCCCAUAUUAAAAAUCCACAAUCAAACUAACUUCCCAAUUGAGCUUCGAUUUCAAAGGCCUCAACAAGAGGAAACCCAUCAUGCUUCUUUAGUAGUUAAAGCAGGGGACACCAUUGAUGAUUCCACAGCAGCUUUUGAUGCCAUAAAAGCUUCAGGUGGAUCAAAAAAGGCAUUAAGAUCUAUGAGUGUUGGUAAUUUCAUAUUCUCUUUCAGACCUAAAGUUUCAGAAGACUCUCCAAGUUUCAACAACAUGGAAUGGUCUGAUGAACUUAAAGGAGGAAAAGCUGCACGUCUCUCUGGAUUAUUUGAUAAAAUAAGUUACCAUGUACGCAAUGCUUUUCCACUCGAAUCAGAAAAAUCUUCCUUCAGUACAGCUCGUGUUCCUUCAACAUCAAAAACAGGGGAAAUUGAUGACUUACACUUUUUAAUUCAAAGCAUCAAAAAAGAUGUUCCUAUUUUACAACCUGAUGGAUCAAAAGCUUCAGCAGUUGCACUAGUUGAACAAAAGGAAAUCUUUAUUCUUCCAACUGUUGAGAUUUCUAACCUAUUGCAGUUAGAGAUACAUGUGGUUUUAACUGAUAAAGAUCGUUAUUUUCCCCAAGAGAGUGAAAACAUGAGCAAACAGGCAACCAUUCCUUGUGGAUCAAGUGUUACUUUAUAUGCUAACCCUGAGGCAAUGUUCUUUAAUGUUACCUUAACUGCAUUUGGAUUAACUUGCAAAUCUGUAAAUUGUGGUGAUUGGGCUAAAAAGUUACUGAAGCAGAAAAAAGGUAAUCAAAACUUGGACAUGGAGUUAAACUUUGGUGAUGGAAGGUAUUUUGGUCUUUUAAGUUUGUCAUGUGGACAUAGGGGCAUACUGGAGGCUGCCAUAUAUACACCAUAUACACUCAAGAACAACACUGAUUUUGGUUUAUUUUGUCUUGCUCCAAAUCAGAACCCCCUAUCUAGAAAUGAAGUUGAGGAACUUUCUUCUCAAGGAUAUUCAAAGCUAGGAGCUUUUCUGCCUCCUAAGUCAACAAAAUCAUGGUUCUUAAGAACAAACAAGGUGUCCCUGAAAUUAAUGGAUGACAAAGCAAAUGAAGCUCUGCUAGACUUGGAUGCAGUCUCAGGCGUUACAGAGAUAAAUCUAGAAAUGGAAGAAAAACCAGGACUCGUAUAUAUUACAAAAUUGGGUGUUUCAUUACAUUCAUCUAUCAACACACAAACUCCAUCACAAGUAGUAUCUUUGAGUCCAAGAUAUGUUUUACUAAAUGAAUCAGAUGAAGUGAUCACUAUUCGUCAGUGUAACCUAGAGGAUGAUGUGGAGUGUAUGACAACUGUCAGUAGUAAACAGAGAAAAGCCUUACGACUUUGCAACAGAACUACUAAAAAAAGGGAAACUAGCAUUUUUGAGAAUUUCAUCAGAAAGCAUAGAAAUGGUGAAGAUGAUUCAUUGCUGUUUAUUCAGUUUUCUCCAAAUGAAACUGGAUUAGGUUGGUCAGGGCCAAUAUGUGUUGCUUCAAUGGGGAGAUUUUUUCUAAAAUUUCCAAGAUCUAUAAAAGAAAAAGACAAAGAAAAUGAAGAAAAUACACAAGAAUUUGCUGUUGUGAUUGUUUCUGAAGAGAAUUCGUCUCUUGUUUUACGCUUCCACAGACCACCUCACAUGAAUUUGCCUUACAGGGUUGAGAAUUGUUUGCGUGAUGCAUCAAUAACUUACUAUCAAAAGGGCUCAACAGAACUAGAAACUUUGGGAUCUGGAAAGCAAGUUAAUUAUGUAUGGGAUGAUUUAUCUCUUCCUCAUAAGCUAGUCAUCCAAAUAAGUGAUUUGCAUCUGCUACGUGAAAUUAGCGUUGACAAGGUGCGAGAAUGGAAACCCUUGUAUAAAGUCAGCCAACGUAGAGCAUUAGGGUUAAAUUUCCCUUUGGAUAAGAAGAAGACAGGAGAAAAGGAGUUCUUAGAAUUUGUGAACGUAAUGACAGCAGAAAAACUAAAUAGACAAUUCUACCCUGGUGCUAAAAUUACAUUAAGAGUCUCUAGAUUUUCUAUCCACUUCAGUGAACGUGCAAAACAGGAAGAAGAGUCAGAUGAGUCACUUGUCUACACACCAAUCAUUGUUAUGCGGCUUAAUAACAUCAGUCUGGAUUCCAUGCUUACUGAUCAACAAAGAUUGAAUCAACUUAGGGUUCAGUCUGUGAGUGUGGAUCAAAAACAAAUAAAAUACUUAUCCAUUGUUCUUCAGCCAUUUGAUUUGAACUUGGAUGAGGAAACCCUGAUGAAAAUUGUCCCUUUCUAUAGAACAUCACUCAGUGAUCCAAAUACUCCUAGUCAGCAGUAUUACUUUGAUCAUUUUGAGAUACAUCCAGUAAAGAUCAUAGCAAGCUUUCUCCCAGGAGAUUCGUAUUCUAGCUAUAAUUCAACACAGGAGACAAUGAGAUCUUUGUUGCACAGUGUGAUAAAGGUUCCUGAAAUAAAAAACAAGACUGUAGAACUGAAUGGUGUCCUGGUUACUCACGCUUUGAUUACAAUACGUGAACUUUCUGUCAAGUGUGCACAACAUUAUUCAUGGUAUGCCAUGCGUGCAAUCUAUAUAGCAAAAGGAAGCCCAUUGCUUCCUCCAGCUUUUGCUUCAAUUUUUGAUGACUUGGCUUCUUCAUCCCUUGAUGUCUUUUUUGAUCCUUCAACUGCCUUGAUCAAGCUUCCUGGUCUCACCUUAGGCACAUUCAAGCUCCUGAGUAAAUACAUUGAUGGUAAAGGCUUAUCUGGUACCAAACGUUAUUUAGGUGAUCUAGGAAAAACUGUUAAAACGGCUGGAUCAAAUAUACUGUUUGUUGCUGUGACUGAGAUAUCAGAUUCAGUGCUGAGGGGAGCGGAAACCAGUGGGUUUGAUGGAAUGUUUGGUGGGUUUCAACAAGGAGUACUGAAACUGGCAAUGGAGCCUUCCGUAUUGGGUAGUGCUUUUACAGAAGGUGGCCCAGAUAGAAAAAUUAAGCUUGAUCGUAAUCCUGGUAUUGAUGAGUUAUAUAUCGAAGGAUAUUUGCAAGCUAUGUUGGAUACAUUGUAUAAACACGAAUAUCUCAGAGUCAGAGUCAUUGAUGAGCAGGUUGUUCUAAAGAAUCUACCACCAAACAGUGUUCUCAUAGAUGAAAUUAUGGAUCAUGUGAAGGGUUUCCUCAUCAGCAAGGCAUUGUUGAAAGGAGACUCUUCUUUCUCUCAUCCCUUACAUCACCUUCGUGGACAAAACGAAUGGAGAAUCGGUCCAACGAUUUUGACUUUGUGUGAGCAUCUGUUUGUGAAUUUUGCAAUCGGGUGGCUGAGGGAGCAGGCGGGUGAUCUAACGGCUAAAAUCAAUUGGGGGGACAGGUUUAAGGGGGACCCACCAAAAGAAAUAACAAAAGAAGAGGAGAGUAGUAAGAUGUCUGUAUUGAAAUGGGGAGUUGGGAGGUUUGUGUUUGCAGGUAUGGUUGCAUAUAUUGAUGGAAGGUUAUGUCGGUGUAUACCUAAUCCUGUUGCAAGGCGUAUUGUUAGUGGUUUCGUCUUAAGUUUUCUAGACAAAACUCGUGAUAAAUAAUCAAUUCAAUCUCUUUUUUUUUUUU